AAGCACAGCGGUGCAACAGCUGCUCGGCCUUACCUGAUCAUGGUCGGCGACCUCCUGGCAAGUGUACGCUCAUUCUAGGACAAUGAACGUUAGCGAAAGUAUCGCAAGGUCGUGUAUGAAGCAUCUAACAAUCAAGCAUCAAGUCGCUACGAACCGAUCAAAUGCCGAAGGUUCGUUUCGCCCCUUUCGAUAUUGGUCGAGACCCCGACAAUCGAACAAACCCUUUGAGCGUUACGCAGCAAGGACCAUUAUUAGCAUCAUUUGCGAUCAUCCAGUGUGCCGUAUCGACGAUCCGCUUGUCGUGGUGGUAAAUGAGUGUCCGAGAAGCCUCAGCUGCAGGAUCAGUCCUUCCGCUUCGCUCCUCGGUCUCACGCUAGUUUUGCAGUACAUUCGGACUUUCAUCAAUUCCUGGAAGAGAAGGCAGGAGGCUGCAUUGCAAAGAGCUCGCGACUUUCCUCGAGGUCUAUCGCGAUGCGCGAGACCAUGUGAGGCGCAAGGAAGCAUAGCCGUGCUCCAUCAGCCAGCUGCAAGAGCGACGGGAAGAAUACCGUCUGUCUGAUGAGGAGGCUUGUUAUGUCGCAGGGAGCCUUGUUGGGGCAGGGUGAGUACCGUUGGCAGCAUCACUGCCCAACGAUUGAGAAAUAGCUACAGCUGGUCAAUGCGCCGCCGUACAUAUAUCUUCCGCAGCUCAGUUACCUCUUAAAGCGCGCUGAGUAUCUAUGUCAUGGCGAUGAUCAAACACUUACACGCAAUGGAAAAGGCGCAGGUUGAGCUCGACGCAGUUGUCGGCACUAAUCGGCUGCCGACGUUCUCGGAUCGGUCCCACCUUAUGUCAAUGCAUUGUGUCAAGAGGUCAACCGGAGAUGCCUGAUUUCGGAGGGGUGGCGUUCUUCAUGGCAUCGCCAAAGACAUCCUGC